UACAUUUUGGGUGAGACGUAUUAACUGUGCGCACAGUAGAGACUUUGAAGACGGUGUGCUUUUAGUACGGAAGGCGGAGGGCUUUUGAAAAUAUUGAAAUGCCAUGUUUCUAUGCGUUUUGAGGUUUCUACCAUCUGAGCAGUGACGGAGCUGAAGACUGACACGUUAAAAAUGUGAUCUGACGGUAACCAGGCGACCGCUUUCUGCAUCAAUACCCGUAUUUCCGUACUAAUACCAACUAUCUCUCAAUUUUCGGGACGACUCGUGCUGAAAUCUCCUAAUAACAUGAAGCAUCGCAUGGUAGAUUGAAUUGGUCAUAGAAUGGAGGUUCCUGCAGUAAACCACAGCUAUACACAUCCACCACCACAGCCAUGGGCCGGACAGAGUCCCAGGACCCCAAACAGGCCUUCACCCAGCUGUCCAUUUCCUUCAUAUCACUAUCCAAACCUGAACCCAGAUCAGCAGAGUGUGACCCCCAUGACCCAAACGACAGGAACCGCAGCAGGCCAUCGGCCUCAGUCACUGUACUGGGACCCUUCACAGCAAAGCUACCAAGGAGUGUUAAAGCCUGUUCCUGAGAUUACAAAUAAGACGAAUCAAGGAAUGCCACAGAGAAGCUACUCAUUACCAACGAGUCUAGUGUCAAAUUCUAAGACAGAGUCUCGGUACGGCCUGGAUCCUCAGCUUCUGCCCAGUGUGGUCCAGGUGAUUAAAGAGGACAGGAUCCAGUGGGAGGGGAAAGUGUUUGUUUCAGAAUGCAAAUCUUCAGUUCCCCCUCUCUCCUCAACACAAUGCACCCUGGAGGACAGAGGUACUGUCACUGCUGCCAAGAUGUUAUUUGUGAGUCAUUCUGUCAUCUUGAGAAAUCCCAAUCACCUUCACAUACUCUUCAGUGUUUUACUGUGGCCUGCUCUUGUAAACAUGCUAUGUGAAUGUUUUCCACAGCGUGAUGUGCCAGUUUGUGAGGCGGGAGAUUGUGUUAAGGGCUGUGCACACUGCGGGGCCUUCAUGAGCCCUGCUAUGAGCUGGCAGGACUGCGGGCAAAGAUUCUACUGCCCUUUCUGCGACAAACUCAAUGAAGUGCCAUGGCAGUCCUAUCAGCCCACUAAUCAGGGUCGCCGUGUCGACUGCGAAAAAAAACCUGAGCUCAGUCUUGGCUCAUAUGAGAUCCUGGAAAAACAGACGGGUAAAGCUGCUGUGUUGCUGCUGGCGAUAGAUGUAUCUGCCAGUGCAAUGAGAACGGGGCAGCUAGACCACAUUUGUAAGCAGAUUUGUUCUCAACUGCAAGCUUUAAAUGGGCUUGAAGAAACUGACCGAUCAGAUCUUCGAGUGUGUUUGAUGACCUAUGACAGCCGGAUCCAUCUGUAUAACCUGAGUCCAGCUCUGUCCCGUCCUCACAUGAUGGUCAUCACUGACUGUGAGGAGCUGGAACUUCCUGUGGUGGAGGGCCUUCUGGUGCCACUGAAAGACUGCAGACACAUUCUUGAGAGAGUUCUACAGGAAAUUUCACUUUUCAACCCUGAGUCGGAUGGAUCCGGCUCACAAGAGCUUUCUGUUUCUGCAGGGCUGAAGAUUCUUCAGGAUGCAGCGUCUCCAGGCAAAUUAUUGAUCUUUCAUUCCUCGCCUGUUUCUGAAGGCUCAAAUCAGAAAAGCUCCUCUGGUUUCUUCAGCUCUAGCAAAGUGAAGUCCAUCUUCCAAGGACCAGAUUCUUCGAUCUCAUUGGCUAAAGAAUGUGUCAAUCAAGGCUGCAGCGUGCACAUUUUUGUGUUCUCCCAUCAUGAAGUAGGCGGGGCUUGGCCAGGGCACAUCCCCUUUCUCACAGGGGGUGGGGUCAUCUGCUAUAACAGUCUACAGUCGGAGAUGGAACAGGAAUGCUUCCGAGCUGAUCUGAGCAGAUGUGUGGAUAUGCAGAUGGCCUUCAAAGUUCAGCUCAGAGUUUUUGUCAGUAAAGAGAUGCGCAUAUCUGGUUGCUAUGGCUCCUUCAUUGCCGGUCCUGACUCCUGCUGUGUUGCCAUGGCAGCGCUUGAUUGGCACACAGCUCUGGCAUUUGAGUUCGCUCACAACAAGUCUUUGGAUGAAACGAGGGGUGUAGCCAUACAGUUUGUGCUGUCAUACAGUAGCUCCUCCGGAGAGAACAGGACACGGAUACACACCGUUAUUCUGUCCGCUUCCAGUCAACCACUAGACACCUUUAGAAGCAGCCAGGCCGAGACGCUCCUCACAUUCUACUGCAAGAAAUUGUAUUCAUUAGCACUGGAGAGUCCGCUGCAGUCCCUGCGUGAGGAGCUACAAACGGAGGUUACUGAGAUGUUGGCUUGCUUCAGGAAACAAAGCUGCACUACCUCUGUGUCCCCAGGACAGCUGGUGCUGCCUCAGUUUCUGAAAGCCGUACCUGUCUACAUUAACAGUCUGCGCAAAAGCGAAGUGCUGCUGCCUGGGCUGCGGAGCUCUGUACAUCAGCGUCUACAACAGCGUAGCCUCAUUGUCUCCAUGGACACGCUGAGCACUGCUUCUCAGUUCUACCCACUUAUUCUGCCUCUGUCUGUCUCUGCUGAUAAUGUCAACAUGCCAUCAUUAGGGGAAGCCGUGCGCUGUACUGUCUCUAGUCUGGAUCCAGGGGGUCUGUAUCUGGUCUACUGCCCACUGGCACUGCUCCUUUGGGUGGGCAGCUGUGUGCCUCCUCACACUCUUCUACAGCUUUUCAACACCAACUCCUUCUCCUACCUCACAUCUGGAGAGAUCAAACUUCCAGUGCUUGAGAACUCCCUCUCCAUCAGCACCAGAGCUCUCAUAUGCUCUCUGCAGUCCUCAGCAGCUGUUACUCUCCAGCUAAAACUGGUGCGGGAAGGUGACAGCUGUGAGGAGUCUCUGCAGCUCCUCCUGGUGGAGGACAAGAGUCCUAAUGGUGGAGCUUCAUACGCUGACUUCCUUUUUCACCUUCAUGUCAAUGCAUUGCAUCUUGUCGUGUGACAGUCUCUUCUCAUAGACAAGGCUGUGGAAUAUUUGUAAAGUCCUUUGUGAUAGUUCAGUCCCAAUGUAGUUGACCUUUUGUUUCCUCGAUAGCCAUUGCUGCUGCUGUUCUUAAAUCUAUGAGGAAAAAGAGUUCUGUCUGGAUUUACCAUACAUUUAUCUCUGAAAUAUUUACAUUUUACAACUUUAGUAAAUGCAAAUUCGAUAUGACCAGCUUGUUUUAGGAGAAAUGCUGAAUACUACGAUUAGUCCUUUAAUUUUCAAGGGCUUAGAAUGACUGAUUAGUGUUUGAACUCCCAUCAAAGACUCAGUGAUUAAUGAUUCUCUAUUUGAAGUGUGUGUGUGUGUGUGUGUGUGUGUGUGUGUGUGUGUGUGUGUGUUUGGUUUGAUUUAACAUUUGCUCUUGUGUCAUGAAUAUUGCACUCUGAAUUGAAUUCAUGAAUUUGCCCAACUGGCAGUGGCGAGUUAGAGUGUGCAUGUUAAUAUUUUUCAAGCAAUAAUAUAUUCAUUGAAUUUUUGGUCUCAUUACACCUCAAUAUUUAAUGUCUUGAUAAAACCCCUGAUAUUUUUCAAAGGGCCAUCAGCAUGUGGACCUAACACUUUACAGUUUUAAUAAUUUACGUAACAUUUCUUUUGUAUGAAGAAGAUACUUUUC